AUGGGAUCGCCAAACGCAGCGCUGCAGGAAACUCCCGGCUUUGCAGCCUGGGAUCCGUUUACGGAUCCCACCGAUGCGAAAGAGGGCAGGACGACGCACUACGAACUGGCCGAAGUUGGGCCAAAGGCGCCCGAAGAAUGGGAUCCUUUUGAGGACCUCGAGAUGCUCGAGCUGGCCGGAGACUUGGCCCUCGAAGCCGAGGACGCGGAUGCCCUGGAGGUGUGGAUUCGGCAGGCGAAGGUUAUGAGCGCCCAAGAUGCUCAAGCUGCGUUACCGAAUGGUGUGGGGACGUUGGAGGUGCCUAUGCCAUCUAGCUCGGUGAGGGCGAAAGCAGAGAAUGGAACUGGUCCAGUGGCAAAGCCAAGUGGAUCGGUCUCGCAGCAGCAUGAUCGGGAGAUGGGGCCUUCUGAGGCGGCGUCUUCUGGGAUGCGGAACAUGGAUGCUGGGAGGAUGCGACCGGUUUUGGAGACCACAGCUAAGGCGGUGCAGGGAGAGCGCAAUGUAGUUCUUACGACACCAGACCUGGGUGGGCGAUCUGAGCUGGAUAUGAGCACGCCAGUACCACAAGCUGCGGAGAAUGGUGGAGGCUUCACAACACCAAAGUCAGUGGCAAGCGUGAGGACCGUGGUGCAACCUGCAUGGCUAGCGGGUGUUGAGGUUCCAAAGUGGGUUUCCAGAUUGGGAAACUUCCUGCAGCCGGGUGCGCCGGCCUUGCAAGCGAGCGAUUUGGCUCCCAGUCCGUUCCCUGGAGGGAGCCCAGCAUACGCCUCACCCCCUCCGGGGGGGCAAGCCUUUCGCCUGAGAUCUCCGGCGAGGACAAGGGCGAUUCCGUCGGCACCUUCGCCGCCGUCGUCGUCUUCAAUACCGGCGGAGGCUAUCCAGGCGGAGGUGCAGCGUCAGCUCCAAGGGAUCAUGGGUCAACUCCGUGAGUUCGGGGAUGAGAAUCAGCGCUUGAGACAUGAACUUGCGGAAGCGCGGGCCCAAUUGCGAGUGGAUCAAGAUCGCAAUGGGCAGGAGGAGCAUACAAUGUAUCGGCAGGACCAGAUCGAGGAUUACCACAGCAUCACCAAGGAGCUCGAGGUGCAUCCGAAAGUCAAGGUGAUCCAGGCUGGGCUCCUCGAGGGCAGGGGAAGAGGCCGCAACCCCACACCUCCGCCGCGACAGGAGACACGCGAGUCACCAGGCUCGCCGGUGCUUGAUGCAUUGGCCAAGGGUGUGCAGCAACUACAAGAACUACAAGUCCAAGCUUUAUCUAAGGCAACCCUUAACGCGGCUAGUUCGGAUGUGGUGAAGCCGGGCACUAUAGCUUUGAUGUCUAUGCCGGAAGUGAGAACUGGUGCGGAUGCGGCAGUAAUGUUCCAGGACUGGAUUGAAGUCUCGUCUUCGGUGAUGGGAGACUUAAGUGAGUCAAGUUCGAUCUGGUGGAAAGGGGUCGUGGAUUUGGUUCAGUCUACAUAUGAGCGUUGGCUGGCGGCCUCACCUUUGGAGCGUAUUGGAGUAGAACCCCAGGGCAGCGAGCAGUGGACGUCAGGACGAUGGCUACGUGUUAACGCAAGGGCUUCUACUAUGCUCCUUACAUCAAUGCCCGAGGACCUUCGAGUGGACAUCGUGUCACGAAGAUUGACACAGGACUGUGUGCGGAUGCUUUUCAGGACGUUCACCUUCUAUCAGCCCGGGGGCAGUGCAGAGCGCCAAGAUGUGUUGAAGAGACUGCAGAACCCGGGGGACUACGCAGGUGGAGAGUCCUUGGAGGCAGCUUUGAAGGCUGUGAGGGCAUGGCCACGUUGGCUAGAGCGGUGCCGUGCAGUGAAAAUGGCACCUCCUGAUGCGUCGGUGCUGGCACGUGGACUCUUGAACCUGACGGAUAAGCACAUAAAUCUGUCAGCAGACGCAGCAUUCAGAACCUCGAUGCUGCGGACCACGCUGAGGUUGGAUUCGUGUCCAUCGACGGACCAAGUCCAGGCGUACCAGCGGCAUUUACAGGCGGAGCUUGAGGCUAUGAUGACGGCCAAGAGCUCUACGGCAACUGGGGUGGCGCUCAAGGCAGUUGAGCCCGUUCUACAACCAAAGGCAAGGGACGCGGGCGCAAAGCCCACUGGCAGUGAGCUGUGCAGGUACUUUGCGAAGGCGGGAGGUUGUCGCCGAGGAGAGAAAUGUAGUUACAGCCACAGCAUGGUGGGAAUGGACAAGGAAACCCGUUCCCGGAAGUGCCUUAAGUGUGGGGCGGAGUCCCACAGGCAGAAAGACUGCCCAGUGGGACGGCCAAAUCCCAAGGCCACUGGAGGAACUCCCAAGAGUUUUGCAUCCACUACGACACCGACGAGCACUAUGGCGACUGUGGCUACUACGAGUACGGGUUCAACGGGAGCGAGUGAGCCGGUACAAGGUACCCCAUGGACGCUUGAGACACUUAUGCAGGCGGCACAGCAGGUUGUGCAAGCGCAGACUGCGGAGCCGAGUGGAGAUACUUCACCAGAAAAGACGCGACCGACCAUGAAGGUGUUGAGGGUGAAGGAUCUUCGUGUGUGUUCGAUGAGGGGAACUACAACGGCUCUUGUGGAUUCAGGGGCGACGCACAGUCUGAGGACGGCCAAGUCCCCGGAGGAGUGGAUGGAGGCUGAAGAGGUGGCAGUUCAGUUGGCCGGGAGUCACCAACUGACUAUGAGACUGUCACGAACCGGUACAUUGCUGAUGCCGUAUCGGGAGAAGGUGAUCAAACCCGAAGAGGAAGGCGAUGUGAAGGCACAGACAAUUGUGCCAAUGGGCCAGCUUAUCCAAACGCUCGGCUACAGUAUGACGUGGACACCAGAAGCGUGCUACUUGACGGCUCCAGAUGGCACGCGGUUGCCUAUGAGGACGGAAUCGGGUUGUCCAGAGAUCUCCGAGUUGGAAGCGCUCACGUUGAUUGCGAGGUUAGAGGACCGCAAGUUGGACCUUUUGAACAACGAGGUGCUGGCGACAGCAGAUAAGCUGAGUGUAUCAGCCUUGGCAAUGGAGCGUCACUGGAACCACUACCUCUACGACUACGUGUCCAAAGGGAGCUUUGAGUCAGGCCUACGUGCGGUGCGUGAUGCGCCGUUCUUUGCUGACCUUCCUGGAGAGUGCCUCUCGGAGUUGAUCCCUGCGGCAGGGCUGUGGUCUGGAUGGGAUAUUAUGAAGCAAGUGGGCUUCAUGUCCAGGCCUCAAAGAAGAAAGUUGUGGUCAUCUAAGCGCUGGAUUGUCCAUGUGUUCGCGGGCACAAAGGGGCACUGGGAGUUUUUCAAGUUGGAUCAGAAUGAUACCAGUGUCAUUGAGCUCGAUGUCAAUCGCUGCGCUGGUCACAAUUUGAUGAGAAAUGAAGUGUGGAGGAUGCUACUUUGGGGAGCCCGAGAAGGAAAAGUUGAUGUGGUGAUGGGAGCUCCCCCAGGCCGCUCUUGUGAAUAUUCUGGCAAAGGGCAGCGUGACAUUAAGGACGUGAAGCUUGUGGCAAGAAUGAUGUGGCUCUAUGUGGUUGCUCAGGUGGGCCGUGAACUCAAUGGGUCGGGCUCUACAAAGGAUCGAGACGUUGGCUUUGUGUUAGAGUAUCCAGAGGGAACUACCCAAGAGGAGCGAGAGACCCAACGGCAACGAGUCGAGGCUGCAGACCAGGAGUACCGAGCUCAUGAGCGUGGGGGCCUAGCGUCAUGGUCCCAAACGGCAUCCUACUGGGAAAGUGUACAGCGACCACGUUGGGAGGAGUUCGCGGGUGUCCAUACACUCGAUGCGAAGGCUAGUUUCUGGGACACAAGAUUGUGGAAAAGUUUUCAGCGUGAAGGAGAACUGCGCACGGUAUCCUUUGAUCAAGGGGCAAUGGGCGGAGCUACGAGGAAUCGGACUACGUUGGGAACAAACUUGAACAAUCUGAUGUCACUAGAUGGUGUUCGGGUACCUGAAGGUGAUCCUCUUCCAGAUCGUGGUGAGCAUGAUCACGUGUGGGCUCCAGGACUGGUGCGUGCAUUGGUGGUUGCGUUGAGUUUUUGGGACGGGGAUCCUCGAUGCGUUCCUCGGAUGUGUGCUAUGACACAAGCACAGUGGAAGGAGCAUGUGGAUUCGAACCAUGCUACGUAUAGGAAAGAUUGUGCAACUUGCGUGAUGGGCAGAGGCCUGGGAAGACAGCACCGCCGUGUACAUCAUCCUGAAGCUUACGUGUUGACUGCAGACAUGGCAGGACCGUUGAGUCCGGGAUUGGAUUCGACAUCAAAAGGAGCUAUGGGUAAAAACCUCAAGUACCUGUUGGUUGCGAAAUAUAUGGUGCCUAAGGAGUUCAUCGCUAACUAUUCAGACGCUGAACCACCAGGUGAUCAUGGUGUACCAGCAGGAGAACCUGAACCCAGUGAUAAGGUUGAGGAGUUCUUCGCCGAAUCAAAAGAUCAGGAGGAGGUCCCAGCAGCCACCGUACAGUUGGUCCCAGAAGAGGUUCCGGAUGGAGAAGAACUAGACUAUGAACCCUCUGAACCAGAAGGCCCGGAGGAUGAGAGCCGCGAACACGAUGGUGACGAUCAGGAAGAACCCGGAGGGCAGGACACAGUGAUGGUGGGUGGAGAAUGUCAUCCUCCAGAAAUGACUUUCCUUACAUUUGCAGUAGCCCUACCCAACAAUCAGUCCAACUCCGUGAGAAGAGCACUUCAAGAUAUCGUGCUGUAUUUGCAGAUGCAUGGGCUGCCAGUGUAUCGUUUCCACGGGGACAAGGGCGAAUUCUUCAAUCACCAGUUCAGGUCGUGGCUACGUGACCAAGGGGUGUUUGGGACAUGGUCAGGACCAAGUGUGCCACAAAGCAACGGGCAUGCAGAAAGUACAGUGCGAUGGAUAAAAGACAGAACACGGACGUUCCUGAAAGCGGCGUCGUUGCCAGUAAGGUUGUGGCCAGUAGCGGCUGCCAUGGUUGCAGCAGAGCAGCGGGGCAAGGUGCUAGGAUGGCAAUCACGCCUAGCAGCACCUUUUGGUGCGCCAGUCUACCUCCGGAAAAAGGCCUUCGACAAGGCAGGACCACUUCGAAGAGAACACGGUCUUGAGAGCAAGUGGACAGUGGGAAAGUACGUGGGACUGAGCACCAUUGUCCAUAAUGGCCACCUUGUGUACGUUGAGGCCCAAGAGGGCGAGCGGGAGAAGUUCCUACAUACUUUGCAUGUGAAGGCAGGCUUAACAGAGCCUGGUGGUCCAGUCGACACGUACCGGGCAGAUGAACCACCAAAGCCUAGAAGGAGAGUUGUGGAGAAGACUCACCCUAGUGGGGUUGAGAUGCGGGCGCUGGCCAAGAACCCGGAGGAGCUCUACAAGCUGAUCAAAGGGAGGUCGUUAACUCUCCUGAGCAAUUGGUGCACUUUGGCAGCGCUGGAGUUAGUUGAGCAGUUGGCCAAAAAGGGAUUCUUUGAUGCCAAGAAGUUCGGUGUGUAUCGACAUGGAGGCAUUGUGGGAUGGUUGGACGGCGUGAGGGAAUUCCCAGAGCUGACCCAGGUGAUGACUAGGUUGGUUGUUGAACUGGAGCCCGAGGCAGUGUUCACGUCUGUGAUGGUUUCCUAUAAUGCCCAACGGGAAAUGCAUAAGGACUUCAACAACGAUUACCAGACCCAGAACUAUGUGAUCCCAGUUGUCUGUCCUGAUCGUGGAGGUGAACUAUGGGUGGAGCUGAAGUCUGGUGAUGUGCUUCAAGGAGUAAUUGAAGAACGUGAAGUGUCGACCAAGAAAAUGUAUGGUCAACUAAUGCCUCUGGAACCUGGUCAUUGUCUAAAGUUUGGCCCACAGAGACACCAUGAAGUGGCACCGUGGGAAGGAGUUCGAAUUGCCCUGAUUGCCUACACGCCAGAUUGCCUUGGGAAGUUGUCACAAGAAGAUCUAGAGGUGCUACACGAUCAUGGCUUUCCUAUACCACUGUCACAACUUCCGGAGUAUCAUGGGGAUCUACGUGAACAAAAACCACAGAUACAGGCCAUGAAGGUUGAUGAGGACGCCGAUGGUGGGUCAAUGGAGUCCGAAUGGUCAAUGUAUUUGGGCAUUGAGGAAGGCAUGGCCAAGGAUCCAGAAAACCGAGGGACUUACGCAGAGAACAUUGAGGUUGUCCUGGCAAACUUGAAGGCCCCUUUGGAUGUGACAUAUAAUAUCAAGCCGGAGGAGGUGUAUGCCAACCUGGAGAAGUGGAGACCUGCGAUUGAAAAGGAGGUGAAGGGCCUUGAGAUAGGAAUACAGCGUCUCCAUCCAGGGACAGACAGCAGAAGGGAGUGGUUGAAUACUCCUGGCGUUCAGAGGCUUCCUAUGAAGUUCGUGUUUACCGUGAAGCCAAACGACCAGGCCAAGCCAGAAGACCGUGGAACAUGGUUCAAAAGAAAAGCGAGGCUCGUUAUCUGUGGUAACAUGGCAAUGAGUGAAGUGCUACAGCUUUAUGCAGAGACGGCGCCCGCGGAAGCAGUCAGAUCGGCACUUGUUUUGACGUGCAAGAACAGGUGGAUGAUAGGGAUUCUGGACAUCACUGCUGCCUUCUUGAAGACUCCUCUGGGAAGAAGAAAGGGAGACCCUAUUGUGGUUGCACAGCCUCCGCGACUAUUAGAGCUGAUGGGCAUCACUGUGAAGUUCGAACUUUGGGCUUUGUUGAGGGCGUUAUAUGGUUUACGGGAGGCACCGAUGUUGUGGUGUAAUUUCCGAGAUGAGACUAUGAGGUCUUUGCCGGCUCCGCGUGGGUUGAGAUGGCAACAAGGUCGAGCUAUCACAUCGUGGUGGACUAUGAGAGAUAGUUGUGGGAAGGUGUGCGCAGUAAUAGUCGUGUACGUGGAUGAUUACCUCAUAUGUGGACCGAGGGACAUUGUCAUGGAAAUCAGCGACAUUAUUCAGCGUGUGUGGGAUACGACCGAGCUUACGUUCUUGGGUCCGGGAAGCGAUGUGAGGUUCUUGGGAAUGGAGUUACGUCGUGAGUCAGAGACCUCGGAGGAGAUCUAUGUGCUACAGCAAGGCUACAUUCAAGAGCUACUUCGUCUUCAUGAAGUGAAGAGCACCCACCGCGACAAAGUACCAAUCACCAAGGAUUUGGCUACCGUACCAGAUAAAGAAGAAGAUCAUGAUGAAGAGAUGGUUCGCAGAGCUCAGCAGAUCACUGGUGAAGUGUUAUGGGUGGCUCAGAGGACACGUCCGGAUGUAUCCUACACGACUUCCAUGAUGGCAUCAAUGUGUUCCAAAUUUCCAAGACAGGUGUUGCAAAUCGGGUUCAAAACACUUGGUUACUUGCAACGGACCAUGGAUUAUGCCCUGGUGAUAAAAUGGGAAGAAAAGGGGCUUGUCAUGUUUUGUGACGCGGCCUACGCACCACAAGGACUACGAUCUCAUGGCGGAUGGGUUGUUACCUACGGGGGAACUCCAGUGGUGUGGAGGAGCGGGAAGCAGAGCAUGAUCACGCUCUCUACAGCGGAGGCAGAGUUGUUAGCGAUGCUCGAUGGGGCCGUGGCGAUGAAGGGUGUGGAGGCGAUUCUCUCAGAUGCAGGCGAGCAAGUGAUGUUUCGUCAAAUUGCAUCGGACAGUACGUCAGCCUUGAGUAUUUCGGGUGGAACAAGUUCGUGGAGGACAAGACACCUAAGAAUAAAAGCAGGGUGGUUGCAGGAACAACUGGCACAAGGGCUGCUGGAAACGGUGCAUUGCCCGGGAGAACGACAACCAGCUGAUCUACUAACAAAGCCGCUCUCAUCAGCAAGAACAGAUGAUCUACUACGCUGGUGGAAAGUGAAAGAGUAUGAUGCAAAAGUGGUGUGUUCGUUGUCAGUACCUACGGUGUCCACUAGGUUGCUGGUUGCCAUGGUUUGCUGCAUUCUUAUGGUGUCCGUUCAGGCCGCAGAAGAAGAAGAAGAUCGACCCCGUGCAAGACGAGGACAAGGAUUGCAGGUCGAUUGGGAUUUGGCCGGAGUUAUGAUGGUCCUGCUCAUGCUACUCGGGGGACUCAUGGUGUGGGAGGCCGUACGUUGGUGCUGUUUGGAGUUCUACUACGAGUGGACGCCGGGGUCUAGUGCGAGAAAGUUGAGACGACUGAGGAAGCUUCAGCAAGCAACUACUACGGCCAUUGAGCAAGAGCUGUUGAGGUUGCAGUCGGAGGGUGAUGGACUACGGGAGAAGGUCGGUAACCCCAAGACUAAGAACACCAACUCCACCACGAAGGUUGACCUCACCCAGAACUACCUCAAGCCCGUGGACGCCUGGAACAAAUCAUGA